AUGAUCAUUCCCGUCAGGUGCUUCUCUUGCGGCAAGGUUGUUGGAGAUCUAUGGGAACGCUACCUACAGCUUCUAGAUGAAGGCAUUCCAGACGGUGAUGCUAUGGAUCAGCUGGGCUGUAGAAGAUAUUGUUGUCGCAGGAUGAUCAUGACCCAUGUCGAUUUGAUCGAGAAACUUCUCAGGUAUAAUCCCACCGAGAGGGAUCGGGCGAAGUCUCAAAUAUGAAGCGGUACCGAUCAUAUUUCACAGCUCUCCAAAAAUGCCUGUUGCCUCGACCUUUUCCCGAUGACCUCCAUACAAUCCUUCUGGAAAUGCGGCCCUGCUGCUCCCCAUUCUCGGUGGCUACGAAAAGAAAAGGGCUUUGCAAAAGGUUUUAUCUGUGUUAAUGUCAGUGGCGAUUGACUUUAAACACUCCAAGUCCCUUCAUCUGUGGUUUUCAAUGGUUUCCUAGUGGUUUUCAGCGGUUCUCUUCAUUCUUGCACGAACUCUUUCGGUCAUGUCGGCAGUCUUACAUGCGUAGUUUAUUAUCCCAUUGGGUUCUUUUGUCUGGUUUUGUUUUUGAGUCAUAGAAUUAUGCAGUGGCAAGGAACGCCUGCACAAGCAGUUCAUUCAACUAAUGUAAUCAAGAUUGGUUCACUUGACU